GCCUUGUUUUGGUCACGUGAUCAAAGGUCCAGCGUUUAGCGGGAACCAACAUGGCGAACGAGAAGACAGCUGCAGCACCAGACUCGGUGCAAUGUCCCGUUUGUUUUAAAGACUUCACGUCCGCCACAAUCAACGGACAUCUGGAUAUAUGUCUGCUGAAAGGCGUUACCGACAGCAGCCCGUCCACAGCAGACGAGAGCGGACCUCCCGUAAAGAAAUCCCGCACUGGUCCCGAGGCUAUCAUCAAACCUGCAGCCAGCUCCUCCUCCGUGGCCAGCGCGCAGUCACCGGGGAUGUUUUCGCUGUUUCAGAGCAACAGGGGGAAACCUCCGGUCCAGACUGAACGGAACGGUUUGUUUGUCGGUAAACAAAGUCCUGGCAGUGCUGCCAGCAAGGGGGUGAAACGUUUACUGAACGAGGAGGCGGAUCUUGGAGCGGCAGGUACAGAGACUUUGAGGAGUCAGCAGCCCGCGCCUGCAUCCAGCGGGCAGGGCUUGAAAACGGCGAAACGUCUGUCACCGCGGACGUUACUUGCAGUAGACAAACCUCUGGCGGAGGUGCUGAGACCAGAAACGCUGGAGGAAUACUUUGGGCAAAAUAAAGUUGUAGGAGAGCAAAGUCUCUUCCGGCCAUUUCUUGACUCCCAGGAAAUACCGUCGCUGAUCCUCUGGGGACCCCCGGGAUGCGGAAAGACCACUCUAGCCCACAUCAUUGCCAGCACCAGUAAGAAGAAGGGGACGGCUCGCUUUGUAACUCUGUCCGCCACCAGUACAUCCACCAAUGAGGUCAGAGAAGUGAUAAAGCAAGCGCAAAACGAGCUCCGACUGUGCAAGAGGAAGACCAUCCUGUUCAUCGAUGAAAUUCACCGCUUCAAUAAAUCCCAACAGGACACCUUCCUUCCACAUGUGGAGUGUGGCACAGUCACUUUGAUUGGAGCGACCACUGAGAAUCCAUCCUUCCAGGUGAAUGCUGCCCUACUGAGCAGGUGCAAGGUGCUGGUUCUGGAGAAGCUGUCUGUGGAGGCAAUGGGCUCGAUCCUGAACAGAGCUGUGGCCACACUUGGGAUCAGAAUCCAGGGCCAAGAUUCGACAAACCCCAAAGAUGAAGACCAAACAGAUGGACACAGACCAAAGAUUUACAUUCAGCAAAAAGCCCUGGACACCAUGGCCUACCUUUGUGAUGGCGACGCAAGAGUCGGGCUCAAUAGUCUCCAGCUGGCUGUUCAGGCUCAGAUGUCCAAAACAAACCUCUUGGCACCCGACGCUUCUCCUCAAGAGAUACUAGUGACAGAAGAGCAUGUUAAAGAAGGUCUCCAAAGGUCCCACAUUCUCUAUGAUAAAGCUGGUGAAGAGCAUUACAACUGCAUAUCAGCGUUACAUAAGUCUAUGAGAGGCUCCCAUGAGAAUGCGUCUCUGUACUGGCUGGGCCGUAUGCUUGAGGGUGGCGAGGAUCCACUCUACGUGGCUCGCAGAUUGGUCCGCUUUGCCAGUGAAGAUGUGGGUAUGGCAGAUCCCGCCGCUCUUACUCAGGCUGUUUCUGCCUUCCAAGCCUGUCAUUUCAUUGGGAUGCCUGAAUGUGAGGUGAUCCUCGCUCAGUGUGUGGUCUAUCUGGCAUGAGCACCCAAGUCUGUUUCGAUCUACAAGGCCUAUGAUAAUGUGAAGACCUGUUUGAGAAGCCACAAAGGUCCCCUGCCUCCCGUCCCCUUGCACCUCCGCAAUGCCCCAACCAGACUUAUGAAACAGCUGGGAUACUCGAAAGGCUACAAAUACAACCCAGCCUUCAGCGACCCCGUAGAGCAGGAGUACUUACCUGAGGAGCUGCAAGGAAUCAACUUCUUCACCUGGAAGCCCUCAGGCUCAUGAGUACUUUUGUAAAAACAAAAAACACAAAAGUAAACACAGCAAACUGAUUUUCUCCACAUAAAUUAUAUCCACUCAGCUCUGCUUCACUGCAUAUUAUUCUGUAGUUGUCCAGCUACCCUGCUGUACUGACACACUGAACCACAGUUUGAAAACCACUGCUGUCAUGUUCUUUAAAACUGAGGCUGCUACAAGUUAAGGCUUAUUAUAUAAGCUGUGUAUUUACGCUGGCAGUUAAGAUUUUUUGCUUGUGUCACAAACUUGUUAAUUACAAAGGUUAGAAAAAAAUAAUAAAAAACUGCACUCAUUCUAUAAACGGUCAUUUCUCAUGUUAUAGUUUUUACAUUUGCUUUGUAGUUAUACAAAUAGAUCAAUGACACAGUAACUAAAUACACCCAACUCACCUUUGUAUUUUCAUAAUGCUAAUUCAGACUUUUUAAAACUGUCCAUGUUUGGAUUUAUCUUUGUAAAACAUGUAUAUAUUGUUUAAAAUGAAUGAAUGCGUUUCCUUAUCUGUUCAAUCCUGCA